AUGUCUUUGUCAUUCUUUCAGUCCAGACUCGCAUCAGAUAUCAUUGCAUCCGCAAGAUCUUCUCGAUCCAACACCCCUGUGUUUUUCGAUGAUGACGCCUCAUCUGUCGCAUCGGGUUAUAGUACUCCGUGCACGGAAAGAUCUAUCCUUUUCGAGCCUGUUGACCGAACACCUUUCCUAAGCCAAAAUCAAGAUCAAAAUCGAGUGCUUGUCGUUGGCGGCCUUGGGUUCAUCGGAAGCCACACCACAUGGGAACUGCUCAAGACGGGACGGAAUGUAGUCAUAGUAGACGAUCUCAGCAACUCAUACAUCACCAUUCUCAACCGCCUAAAGCAGUUGACCGACAAGUACUAUCAAGGCAGCGAGAAGAAGCCAACUAUUCAGUUCCACGAGGCUGAUUAUAGGUGCACGCGUACAAUGACCGGCAUCCUCAGGCAAUACGAAGUCCGAGCAAAUGAUGGCACAGUCUCAUCUGGUAUUUCUGGUGUCAUCCAUUUCGCAGCGUACAAGGCCGUUACAGAGAGCAUUCAGCAUCCUUUGAAAUACUACGCAAACAACGUUGCUGGUAUGGUCGACUUCUGUUCCUUGCUGGACAAAUUCAAUAUCAAGACGUUUAUCUUUUCGUCAUCGGCAACAGUUUACGGAGAGCUUGCAAACGGGGGUGGCAAGCUGAGAGAAGAGCUCUGCACCCAUCAGACUACGCAGUGGGUUGACAAUGAAGGAGAGGCGCGAGAGACUUUGAGUGGCAGUACAGGCCUGACAAAUCCAUAUGGCAGGACCAAAUGGAUGUGUGAAGCCAUUCUCAGCGACCUUGCGGCCUCUGAUCCUGAGUGGAGGAUAAUGGCACUUCGAUAUUUCAAUCCGGUCGGUGCUGACGAAUCGGGCCUACUUGGCGAGGAUCCCAGAGGAACUCCUAGCAACCUCAUGCCAGUGCUGGUUCAAGCAAUGACUGGCGAGCGAGAGGAGCUCAAGAUCUUCGGUUCUGACUGGAACACAAGAGAUGGAACUUGUAUUCGAGAUUUCAUUCACGUCAGUGACCUCGCUCGUGGCCAUUUGGCAGCGCUCGAUGCGGCGACUGGUGACAGCGCAAUAAAAGGCUUUCAAGCUAUCAAUCUUGGCACGGGCAAUGGUGCUUCAGUGAAGGAAGUUGUAGCCGCGAUGGAGGAUGUCAUUGGCCGUUCCAUUCCCACCCGACUGGUUGACCGCCGAGAAGGAGAUGUAGGAGUGUGCAUUGCCGACACAACAAAGGCUUCGAACCUGCUUGGUUGGUGUGCGCGGAGGACAGUUCGAGAUAGCUGCCGCGAUGUUGUGAACUUCUUGAAACUUGACGUGUAA